UAUAGAAAGUUCCAUCAUCCUCCAUGCACAGCUCCCUCAUCAAACCGAACAGCUCUGCACUUUACAGCUAUCUUCUGCCAUCAAAAAUCGCAUACAUCGUUCAUUCCAACAAAAGAAAAUCGCAAUGGCUCCUACCGGUAUCAAGCCACCUGCUGCCUUUGACUCUGUUCAAGGUCUAUAUGGUAAAUCCAUGGUGUUCUACGUGGACAAGGAGGACAACAUCAAGGCAUGGCGACAAAAUCCAGAUGAAGAAGGAGAGUCGCUGUACAAGAACGCUCCAAAGAACCCAAGCGAGCGCCAGAAGCCACUGGUCAAGGACUCCAAGCUUUGGAAUCGUAAAGAGUACGACAACAAAGGUGUGGCCUCGAAGGAAUCAAAGGUCAUCGCAACAUCUAGCGGUGAUCUGAGCGUAGUGUCUCUCACCAGCGGGGACAAGAAGUCCUAUCAGAUCAGAAUUUAUUACGCAUCCGAAGCCAAGGACGGCGUAUCAUAUCUCAGCGAGCUUUGUAUGGACAUGGAACCAGGAACCUUCGCACCGCAAAACCAGUCUAAGGUUGAAGGUACGACGGAGGGUAGAUGGUUCAAAGGUGCCUUGGACAACGCCGAAUUCCAGAUUGCACCAGACUCUCCCAUCUCUGCGCACGUCAUCAAUGGAGCCAAGCCAGAAGAUUCUUCGAUCAAGGUCUAUUACUUUCCAAAGAAUCCUAAUGUCGAGGAUGGCUACGGUCCCGCUGGUCGUCCAGCGGUUGCUUGGAUCACGCUCGAUUACAAGUACGGCUGGCUUUCUACUGAGUCUGGUAUCUAG